GGCGGCGGGCAGAGGCCCCGCGCUCGGCGGCUGCGGCGCUGAGGUGAGUGGGAGCGGAGGGCUUCCGGGGAUAAGCGGCCUCCGGGGGCUGUCCGCAGCCUCUCCUCACGUUCUCCCCGCUUCCUGAGCGCUUCUCGGGUUGUAACAGUGCAGGUGGAGGACUCCCAAGGACAGUGUGAAGAUGUCUCGCUAUUCCUUCGAUGUCCCAAACCCCUGCAUCAACUUUGCAACUUUAAGCGAUGAUGAUGUACACAAUGCAGACUCCUGGUUUGAUCAACAAGCCAACCUGGAGAAUAUCCCUCCUGCAGAAAAUCUGGCAAAGGUCUUGCAGAACAGUCCUGCUUUUUCAAAGCCUGCUCUCGUUCUUUCUUCUGUCACAUCACAAGGAAUGACAAAGAGCGAAAACUGUGAAGAGGAUGAAGCAGAAGUAUCAGAGACCGAUGUGGUUCCUCAGAAUACUGUUGGAUCCCUGACAAGCUGGAGGGCUACUGCUCCUGCUGAGGCCCCUCAAAGAGCGGGUAGAAGGCCAGCUACAAAGCAAAGAAAAACACAGCAACGCAAACAGCCUGCUCGAGUCAGAGUGGAGAAAAAUGAUACUACAUUGGCUAACAAGGAAGAGGCUCCACCCCUGAAAAAAAUGAAAAUUUCUAGCAGCAAGGAGAAGCUGACAGAUGUAUCCCCAAAGAAAGAGCUUUUGCAUCAUCCUGACCUGUCCCCAGCAAGAGGGAAAAACAAACUGACCGUGCCCUCCACACCAACAAUGCUAAAGAGGACCAAUAUGGCUGGCAAGCUGAAGAGUACAGAGGAGCAGGAGUUGGAGAAGAUGCAGCAGCUGCAGCGGGAGGUCAUGGAGCUGCGAAAGAGGAAUGAGGAGUCCCUGAAGGCAGCUAUUGCUGGAACAGGACAACCUAUGAAGAGAGCUGUUGGUCAAGUAACGAAGCCAGUUGACUUCCAUUUCUGCACAGAGAAUAGAAUUAAACAACAUGUGGAAAGCCAGCCUGAGAAGGAGUACAAGGAAGUGGAUUUUGCAGCAGCACUGAGGAAGCAUCCUCCUUCUCCAAUGCGAAUGCCAAAGGGACCCACCGUCCCCAAACCUUUCAAUCUGUCCACGGGAAGCAAAAGAAAACUCGAAGAUACCUCAUCAGAGUAUGUGUCCCUUGCUCAGCAGGUUGAAGCAUUCCAGAAACGCACACCCUCUCGUUACCAUUUGAGAAGCAGGAAAUCUGAUGAAGGCCCAGCUCCAGCAAAGCCAGUGAAAGCUCGACUUACCAACCCUAAAACACCAGUGCUUCAAACAAAGCACCGCUUCAGACCUGUUGCCUGCAAGAGUGCAGCAGAAUUAGAAGCAGAGGAAAUUGAGAAAAUUCAACAGUACAAAUUCAAAGCACGAGAGCUUGAUCACAAAAUUCUGGAGGGUGGGCCAAUCCUGCCCAAGAAACCACCUGUGAAGGAACUCACACAGCCAAUUGGCUUUGAGUUGGAAAUAGAGAAGAGGAUUCAGGACCGUGAGAAUAAGAAACAGCAGCAAGAAGAGCACUUCAAAUUCCAUUCCAGGCCGUGUCCAACUAAAAUCCUGGAGGAUGUUGUGGGUGUUCCAGAGAAGAAGGUGCUUCCUGUUACUGUACCCAAGUCUCCAGUCUUUGCCUCAAAAAGCAGAACCCGAAUGACUAGCAGAGAUGAAGAAAAGGAAAAGGAGGUUGUCCCUGUGAUCAAAGCUCACCCUAUGCCACACUACGGAGUGCCUUUCAAACCUAAAAUGCCAGAACAGAGGCAUGUGGAAGUUUGCCCCUUCUCUUUUGAUUCCCGUGACAGAGAGCGGCUAAUACAGAAAGAGAAAAAAAUAGAAGAAUUGCAGAAGGAAGAGGUGCCAAAGUUUAAGGCGCUACCUCUGCCUUAUUUUGACCACGUGAAGCUACCAGAAAAGAAGGUCAAAACCCCAACUCAGCCUGAGCCAUUCAAUCUACAGAUUGAUGAACGGGGAGCUGCCAAGCAACAGAGCUGGAAACAGCAGCUUAAAGAAGACUUGAAAAAGCAGAAGGAGGCAGCGUGCUUUAAAGCUCGUCCCAAUGUAGUGGUGUACCAGGAACCUUUUGUGCCUAAAAAGGAAAAUAAGAUGUUAUCAGAGAGCCUUUCUGGUUCUGUAGUUCCUGAAAACUUUGAGCUGGCAACAGAAAAAAGAGCUAAAGAGCGACAGGAGUUUGAAAAACGAUUGGCAAACCUAGAAGCCAGAAGAGAGAAGCUUCAAGAACAGGUCAGACAGCAGGAGGAGGAGCGUGAAAAGGAAGAAAUUGCUAAGCUAAGACAAGAACUGGUUCACAAGGCAAACCCAAUACGCAGAUACCGCAGCGUAGAAGUGAAACCCAGUGACCAGCCACUGACUAUGCCGAAAUCUCCAAACUUCUCAGACAGAUUCCGAUGCUAACAUGCAUCUGUGUGAUAGGAGGAGGAGAGCACAUCCUGCUCUGCACCCUUGACAUGCAGAGAAGGAGCAGUUGUUUGUAUGUGGUUCCCCUCAGUCUCAACACCUAUACUUGGCUCCAUUAUCGUUUGUUGAGAAGUUUAACUCUGUUUGAGGCAGAUGGCAGAGGCACAGCGUACUGAGAGCCAUACAGUCUCCGUGGCCUCAUUUUUACGUCUAGACACCUUAGUCUCCAAAGACUAAACCAGGUUUUUAUAUUGCAUACAAACAUUGUGUACUUAAACUAAAUAAAAAAUAGUAAUCUGACUGCUGUCUCUUGCUAGCAGGCUCAGUCUCAUUCCUGCAAGAGAGCUUUUCUUAAAGGACACUCUGAACCUGCGGGGAUGUGCACAUCUGGAAGAGCUGCCAUGUCUUUAUACACCUAAGUAUUGAUUUCACUUUGCUGUCUCUUAGGCUUUUACAAUAUAUUAGGUUUGAGUCAUGUUGAAUAAUACAAGACUUCCACAAGCCAGCGUAUUGUAGGUCUGUCUUGAUGCGUAGAUGAAUGCUGAUAUUUGUCUUGUCUUGCUUUAAGGUAGUUCUGUGUGUGUUAGAGCAUUAAACCUUCUGCUGUUUUAUAGCUGGAGUCAUUCUAUUUGGGGAACCAGUUAACUGGCAAAGGACUCUUGCUGUUUUGCUGCCUCCCUGGCUUUUGCCAGCACAGCUAUGUUGGCUAAAGAUGCAUUGUCUCCUGGCCAGUGUAGCACAGCCAGCAAAACUAAAUAUAGACCAAAUGGUCUAAGGUGCUAGAGGACAAAAAUUCCAGCACUGUAAAGAGAUGAUCAAAUCCAGAUUGAAGUUUACUGAGAAUAAUCUCUUAACAUCAUGAUAGACUUUCAAGGCAUGUAAGACUGCAGGCUUUUCCUUUCUCUUGAGAGAUGAUAGGGGCAGGAAGUCAUAUGAGAGCUAAACUGAAAGCUGAACGUUCAGUGUACCUGGAGGUUCUUGUUUGGAUGUGGGUGUGUGUUCUCUUAAGUACUGUGCAGUUAGAAAGUGACUGAGGGACUCGAAGAGGGUUUUUUGUGUGGGUGAAUGACACUGCCAUGUGGUCUGUAGAAUGACAGGAGCAAAGGUACUCUUAAGUGUACUCUUCAUCAAAUCUUCCUGGAAAUGCUCAGGCCUGCAUGGAUCUACCUGACAAAGGUGUGCAGACUCUUCUCAUUGUGCCAUAAGCUUACUGCUAUCGCAGUGGAGCUGUUCCAUCUGAGCUGCCAGACAGAGAAAUUGGGACUUCGAAUGUGCCACCAAGAAACUUCUCCAGCCUCCAGUGCCAGUUCCUGUGAAGCAGGCAGCAUGUGGGCUGCCGGAGCUGUAAAUAUUCAUGGCAAGGCAGAGGGAAACCUGAAUGCUGAUGAGCUGUGGAAGAAUGUGAAGGCGAGCAGGAUAACGAGGCUGCUGAGCUGCAGCAGACAUCAAUCCCUGAAUGAUGGAGCAACUGCGUUUCCGUGACGGCCUUACAUGGCUUCUGCUUCGGACUUGAGAAAGGGUUCGUAUGCCCAACAGCUUGUCAGUUUUUUCCAACUAUAUCACUGGGGCUAAUAAAAGAUAUUACCUCUUCCUGCA